UCUCCCUUCACGCAACAAGGUCGCCAUUUUCAGUCCCGGUUUAUUUGCACGUAUACAGAGUAGGUCAUAGUUGCUGUGCAGCCUUCGUUAGCAUGGAUUUCUUCAUCCUUCCGUCCUGGUUAGUCGUCGUGGUGGUUGUGGCCGUCCUGACCAUCAUCUACCUACACUACAGCAAGGACAACAGGCGGAAGUUUGGCCUUCCAGGACCACCUCCAUUGCCAGUGUUUGGGAACAUAAUAGACAUGUUCAAGUACGGCCUAUGUGGCUUAGAUCGCCAUUUUAUUAAGAUGUACGGCAAGGUGUUCGCGCUGUCUACAGGUGUUUUUGGGCACUUUUUAGGGGACAUUGUGAUCGCAGACACGGAAAUGUUAAAAGAGGUGAUGGUGAAACAAGCAAGCAUCUUCUCGGAUCGGAAUGCAGAUCCGGACACACUUGUGACACCUUUCGAUCAGUCGGUGUUUUCAGUGAGAGGUGAACAUUGGAAACAGAUGCGAAGCACGUUAACUCCAACAUUCAGUUCUGGAAAACUGCGACGCAUGGAGGCAAUGAUUCUGAAGUGCGCCAACACCCUGAUCAAGAACCUGAAGAAGAAAGCCGAAGCUAAAGAGAGUUUUGACAACUCAGUCUGGGGCUGCUACACGAUGGACGUGAUAUGUGCUACAGCUUUUGGGAUCGAGGUUGAUUCAUUGAAUAACCCUAAUCACCCGUAUGUUACAAAUGCCGAACGUGCUAAUAGUUUUAAAGUGACAGAUCCCGCAGUGCUUGGCAUUUUAUUUUUUCCACGAUUGAUGAAAAAACUACAACACAUUCUACGCUACGUUCCCGGAUUCCGUGGGGUAUUAAUGUCUUUCCUGUUUUUUGGCAACGAAACAAAAGAGCUACUGAAAGAGAGAGAACAAGCCCAAGAGGGACACUACAACGAUUUUCUACAGUUGAUGCUUACCGCCCAUACCAUGUCAGCAACCGAAGUUGGGGACGACGAAAAGGAGGUUCAAAAAUGGAAGAAAAAAUCUCUAACGACGGAGGAAAUUGCCGGUAACGGGUUGUUAUUCUUUAGUGCAGGGCAUGGCACCGCAAGUGAUACCUUAGGGUUUACGACAUAUCUCCUAGCGGCCCACCCCGACGUCCAGCAACGACUCAUCGAGGAGAUUGAUGACGUUCUUCAAGGCACAGAACCCAGCUACGACAACGUGUCAAAGUUGACCUAUCUAGAGCAGGUCUUGAACGAGGCAAUGAGGCUGUAUCCCGUAGGGUUUCGCAUGGAUCGAGUUCCAAACCAAGACACCACAGUAAACGGGUUAUUCAUCCCCAAGGGGACGUGCGUGAUUAUUCCGAUCUACGCUAUCCACAUGGAUCCUGAAAAGUAUCCAGACCCCGAGAAAUUCGACCCAGAGCGAUUCACACCGGAGGCCAAAGCAAAACGGAACCCAUAUUGGUACAUGCCCUUCGGAAUGGGCCCCCGCAACUGUAUUGGUAUGCGUCUGGCCCUGCUCGAGAUGAAGAUUAUCCUUGUGAAGGUCCUGCAGAACUUCACUUUGAAGACAUGCGCGGAGACGCAAAUACCACUGGUUCUCUCUACAUCAAAUCCAAUGAAACCCGAAAAGCCAAUAGUAUUGAAAGUUGAGGGUAGAAAUGCGUAAAUUGAAUACCAUGUUUUCCAAUAGGCCUAAAGUUAGUUUUUUUCAUCCGGAGGCACUCUAUACAGGAUUUCCAAGCCAAAAUGAAUUUCUUUAAGAAAAAAAAAAAAUUCUCAUAAUCAUGCUUGACUCGUACUUGUAAUUUGAUAAUUUAGCUGUAAAUGAUUGGCCCUUCCUUUAGAAUGGUAUCUUUCAGACCCUCCCGGGCAUGGCCUAGUUUUCAUUUCCUUCCACUUCAUACCACAGGAAAAUAGCGCAGUGCUAAAUUACAGCCCUGUGUUGUGUAUAAUACACACGUUGCGAGCUGCCAAAGUACCUGACAAUAAUUAAAUGACAUAUCAGGCACUAGGUAUGCUUAAAAAAAGAUUUACGGAUUUUUAUCGUUUUUACUGUCUUAAAUGAGGACGUGCAGAUUUUUCAAGAUCAGACUGACUGUCGGGAAAAUCCAAUUCCGUGCAGUGUACCUUUAAGUUUAAACACGUAUUUUCCAUAUCAUAUUAAAGUGCUCCUUUGAAAUGCUGAGUGAAAGUUGAUUUUAAAGCAUCGCAUUUGAGUUAAUACCGGAAAUGGAUUUUUAUUUUAAAUUAUUUUAUUCAAAGAUUGCAUUUCAAUUUUGUUAAAGGAACCUUGGAAUAGACAGUUGCUUAGUUGUUAUAGAAUUGUAUUUAUUAUACUAAAUGGAAAAGUAUAGAAAGGACAGGGUAUUUAAUAUAUGCUAAUUGAUCAUCGUGAGAAAAACCAGUUUUAUUACAUUGAGACGAUUCCAUCAUUCUCACUACAAUUUAUACUUUUACUUAAAUUUGAAAAUGCAAUUGGGUUUUCAAAAAUAACUGACAGCAACAUUGAAAAACAAUGUACCAAGAAGAGUUGGCAAAAUUGCCAUAUUCAUCCCACAUGUAAUUGCUUUUGUGUAGAAUCUAUUGUCAUUACUCAGCUUUGGAAAUUCCUACAUAACCAAGAGUGGCAUAUAUUCGGAAAGAGAAUAGCAUAUAUUUGCUCUUCUUGAAUAGAUGUAAGUUGGCUAAUAUUUUAUCCUAGCAGAUAUGUUUAUUUAGUAUGUUCUGAAGUAAAAUUCCUGCUCUGGAUUUUGAUAGCUAAUAUACGGUAUAUAUACAACCAAGAGUUGUAUAUUAUAUAUGGAUACAAACUCGCAUAUGGUUGUUCUUUACUCUUGAUUAAAA